GAAACUUUACAUCAAUUCGACAAGAAUGAGAAUUCUCAACCUCACCUUCUUGUUACUUACCAUCUUAGUGAUUCUCUCUGCUGUGGACGUUGGUGAAUGCGGAAGAAAAUCUCACAGAAAAGUAAGAAAAGGGAUAAAAAAGGGAAUCAAGAAGGCUUCGAAGAAUGUGAAGAAGAUUCCGAAAGUCCGCAAUGUGAGGAAAAUCAAAGAUGGAACUGACGAUGUGGGGAAAAUCGAAAAUGGAAUUGAAGCAAUC